AUGGAGGUCCAGCGCUUGCGGCGCAGGGAGGGGCCCGCGGACGCGACGAUCCGCGCAGCCAAGUUCCUCCGGAACCUCUUCAUCUUCCUCGCGCUCGCGCUCCUCUUCCUCGCCGGCCUGCUCGUCUACUUGGCCCGGGCACACAAGACCGCCUUCCACCGCGUGAAAGCGUCGCUCAGCGACGACGACGCCGCCCCGGCGCAGCUCGGCCCGAGCUUCGUGGGUCAGGAGGGAGGCGAUGCCGUGCCGCUGGUCGUCUGGCACGGCAUGGGCGACUCCUGCUGCGACCCCCAGUCCCUCGGGAAGUUCCUCCCCUGGCUCCAGCAGCAGAUCCCCGGGCGGCCGUUCAUCCACUCGAUCCAGCUCGGCGACUCCGAGGCCGCGGACCGCAUGGCAGGCUUCUACGGCAACGUGAACGCGCAGGUCGCCGCCGCGUGCCAGCAGCUCGCGGGGGUCCCGGAGCUCGCCGGGGGGUUCUACGCGCUCGGGUUCUCGCAGGGCGCGCAGUUCCUGCGCGCGCUCGCGCAGCGGUGCCCGCACCCGCGCAUGCGCCGGCUCGUGUCGCUGGGCGGGCAGCACGCGGGCGUGGCGUCGGCGCCGCGGUGCGGGACGCCCGCGGACGAGGACGAGAGCGCGGCGUGCGGCGCGAUGCGCGGGAUGCUGCGCCGCGGGGCGUACUGGCCGUGGGUGCGCGACCACAUCGUGCAGGCGCAGUACUUCCGCGACCCGGGGGAGCUGGGGGUGUAUUUGAAGAACAACCCCUUCCUGCCGGACGUGAACAACGAGGGCGAGGAGAAGAAGGCCGAGUACGCCGAGCGCCUCUCGCAGCUCGAGGCCCUCGUCCUCGUGCUAUUCGCGGCUGACCACAUGGUGGUCCCGCGGGAGUCGAGCUUGUUCGGGGAGCUGCAGGAGGACGGCACGGUGGUGCCGCUGCGGGAGACGCGGAUGUACCGCGAGGACUGGCUCGGGCUGCGCGCGCUCGACGAGGCGGGGCGCCUCGUGGAGCUGACCACGCCGGGGGAUCACCUGCAGUUCGAGAAAGAGUGGUUCCUGGCGAAUGUGCUGCCCUAUCUGACGGGGGGGGGCGCGGAGGGGUGA